GAACUGGCAGGUGGCUGAAGGAGGGAGAGGAGCAGGUCUGAUUUCCAGCAGCAAAGGAGUGGUGGGUGAAGCCUCGCAGAGUGAGGAUAAUGUGGUGGAGGUGGAGAAGGAGGUCAUGGGACCACCGCAGCGUGAGAUUUCCAAUGGCUUAGCCACUCCUUUUUUAGGAAGGAGGAAGACACAGGAGAUUCCCGGGGCUCUUUCUCCACCCUCUCCUCGGUGCUGGGAUCCCCCAUGUGGGGGUCUGCACCCCUCUCCCCCCCUCAGCGCUGCUGUGUGAUCAGUCCUGCCUUCACUGAGCCCCACUCCCACCUUUCUCCCUCCCAUCGCCAGGGCUCAGUGCCCUAAAAUUCAAGGCAAGGAAGGUGCCAGGGGAGCUCGGGGCUGGCACGCGUGCGGGUGAGGUUAUUCACCCCGGGGCGGGCGGCAGCCUGGCAGCUUCCCUGAGCAGCGCUCCUGCGUGUCCUGCUGCAGCCUCGGGCAUCUCCGCGGGCUCCGCUCCGCGCCUUCCCCCGCCGAAACAGCUCCGGAGAGAUUUUUUUUCUGGGAUCGGGACAGGCGGGUGCUCUUGUGGCAGAGAGCGGCAGGCAGAGGCAGCUGGCUCCUUCCCGGGGAAGGCAGGCGGGGAGCCGGGGCCCGGGGGCCGGAGGAUGCUCGCCGCGGUCCCCAGCCGCGGGGAUGCGGGGUUGCUAGGAGGCAGGUGAAGGUGAAGGUGAAGGUGAAGGUGAAGGUGAAGAGGAGAGCGCUGCGGAGGACCGCAGGCCCAGAUCCGCAUGUCAGACUAUCACGACCCCCACGAUGGGGAGUCAGACCCCCAGCACGGCAUUACUGUGGUCUUCCUCCUCGUCCUUGUCUUCUUCAUCAUGGGGCUGGUGGGGUUCCUGAUCUGCCAUGUCCUGAAGAAGAAGGGCUACCGGUGCCGCACCUUCCGGGACGAGCUUGACCCAGAUGACAAAGAGGAGGUGGAGGAGCUGCAGGAUGAUGAGGCCGAGAAGAACGAUGACACCGUGGAGAAGAUUGUGAGAUGCAUCAUCCAAAACGAAGCAAACGUGGAGGCCCUCAAGGAGAUGUUGGGGGAAAAUGAAGGGGAUGUGCCAGUGCCAGUGCCCAGCCUUUGUCACCACAGCAGCAGCCAGGACGGGGGCCCGCCACAUCACCACACGGUGCACCUGGGCUCCACGCAGGCCCCCUGCAUCCACUGCAGCAGGAGGAAGAGGCACCCGCUGCAGCGCCAGGGCCGCUCCAAGGAGGGCAAAAGCAGGAUGCAUCCGGGAGAGACCACCGUCUUCUCAGUGGGCAGGUUCCGUGUCACGCACAUCGGGAAGAAGCCGCCCGUGGCGGAGCAGCAGGACGGGGCCGUGCCCGCGGGCAGCCGGCCGCCGAGCACGGAGGAGCUGGAGCGCAGCAGCGAGGCGCUGCCGCGGGAGCGGGCGCUCAACGGGACUGUCCCCACGGGCGGCCUGCACAACGGAGCCGUCCACACGGGCACCCAGAGCGCCAGAAGCGCGGAGCAAAGCCUGUCCGCCAGCCCGGCCGCGAACACACCGGCCAGCUCCGGCUCCCGUGACGGCCGGCGGGCGGGCGCGGGGUCCGGCACGGCCGGGUCCGGCACGGCAGGGCUCGGCACGGCCGGGUCCGGCACGGCGGGGCUCGGCACGGCGGGGCUCGGCACAGCCGGGUCCGGCACGGCAGGGUCCGGCCCGGUGGGGUCCCUGCAGGAUGCUGGCUCCGCUCCCGGGAGCUCGAGCCGCCAGCGCAGGCUGAUGAGCCUGCCCGUGAUGGGAGCGUCGAGUCCCAACAUCCCAGGAGAGCUGGCACGGGAAGGAGCCGGCAUCUGCCUGGAGGAGAUCGGACUGGCGUCGGCAGAUGAGGUGUCGGAUAUUCACGGGAGCCUGAGUCUGCAGGAGCAGGCCGAUGAGCUGGGGAGAGACGAGAGCAGCAGGAGACAGUCCGGAGGGGAGGACGGGAAGCAGCAGGGGCCCAGCGCCGCGGAGCAGGACCGAGUGUGACCUCCUCUCCGCUCCCGGCUGGAGCGUGCACCGGAGGCGCGCAGCCCCCGGCCCCGCGGGGCUGGGGCUCUGCCGAGGGGCAGCCGCGGGGCAGCCGUGCCCGGCCCCGGGUGGGCAGCUACGCGCUUGGCAUGGCCGGAGCGACGCGCCGGCGGCACCGACAACCGCGCUCGGCGCCAGCCUUCAUCCCAUUGGCAAUAGGUACCCGAGUCCCACCCACCGCACCCUCCCCGGAGACCCCCCGAGGGACCCUCGGGCCUGGCAGGGGCAGGACAGCACCCAGAGCCCGCUGCCCCCGCGGCCCCAGCUCGGGGGAAGGACCAGAGGGGGCCGCGGCGAGGGGCAGGGAUGGAGGCAGCGGCUCGGGCCCCCCCCGGGGCGGUGGGGAGCACCCCCAGGCACCGGGCACGAUCACCACAGAGCACAGCCCCCCCGGGCACCCCUGCCACGCAGAGCGGGCACAGGCACACACCCUGCACCGGCAGGGCCCUGGGAGAUGCUGGCGGAGAGAGGAGCUCCCAGCCCCACCCUGGCACCGGAGGGGCCGCAGCCCGGCCCCGGGGGCGGGAUGGCCCCGGGCCAGGCCAGCUUCGGUGUGUAACGCCCUGUACAUAGAUGAGCUACAACCAUUAAAGCUGCUGAACCCCUUGCCAGG